ACUGUUGUCCGAUCGAACGCCUUAAGAGCUAAUUCUAUGUGAUUAUUUUAAGAAAAUUGUGAUCCUGGACUGACACUGCGCUAAACACAAUUAGUAGGUGAUAUUAUUAUGUUAGCUGGUUGUUGCCAUGUGAGUGUUCCCAUCCAAUGAAGAAGCGCUGCGCACAGGGAAGUGUUCGUCCGAGUUUGCUUGUAACGUUAACGUUACAGUUUCCGGUUCUUGGCUCCAGUGGCUGUUGUCAGAGCUGGUGAGAUGGAUGAGGGAGCGUUGACAGACUCCACACCAGAGGGGGGCGCUGUUGAUGUGCACAGAGAGCACACAGAGGAGGCCGACCCCCCCACACACGCCCCCGACCCCCCCACACACGCCCCCGACCCCCACACUCCUGAGGAGGUGCCCCUGGAGACCUCGGGUGCAGCAGGAGACGCGGGGAGUAAGGAGGUGCAGGAGAGUGAUGCUGCAGCGGGAGAAGGGAGGAGUAAGGAGGUGCAGGAGAGUGAUGCUGCAGCAGGAGAAGGGAGGAGUAAGGAGGUGCAGGAGAGCGAUGCUGGGGGGGCGACGGCGACGGUGACGGCCCCCUCCGUGAUGGAGCAGGCCGGCUCUGAGGACCCCCCGGGGGAUUGGCUGGAGCCGCUGGAGGACGACGACCUGGAGGAGGAGGAGGAGGAGGAGGAGACGCAGAGCUGGGGUCACACGGGGUCACGAGAGGGCAGCGUCAGCGGCAGCACCGCCGGCCCGGAGCGCAGCAGCAGCAGCGGACGCGGACGAGGGGGCAGGAGGGGGCCGAGAGUGCUUCUGGAGGAGCACUGGGAUGACUGCCCCUGUCUUGGGGAGGGCUGGAAGAGGAAGGAAGUGUUCCGCCGAUCAGGCUGCUACAUGGGCAAGAGCGACACCUAUUACAUGAGUCCGACGGGCGUGCGCGUGCGGAGCAAGGUGGAGCUGGCCAAGUGUGUGUCCCGCACGGUGGACCUGCACAUGUUCGACUUCAAGUCUGGACAGUUCCUGAGUGGGCAGCGCGUGCGCAAGAGAGCCAGACGGGUCAAGCCUCCGUCUCAGGAUGUGGGCGUGUCUGACGACUCCAGCCACCCGGCGGACGACUCUCGCUCGCGCUCGCCUGACUCGCUGCACCGGGCGCCCCCUGCUGGCCGAUCCUGGAGCUCCGCCCCCCUGCGCCCCGACCCCUCCCUCGCCCCCCUCAGCCCCCCCUCCAGCCUCGAACCCCCCCAAACCGACGACUCCGACACCCCGGACAGCAGCACCAACGGAGGGCCCCCAACCUCACACACCACCUGUAGGAAAUGUGGCGGGAGCAUUGAUGCCUCCGGGAGUCAGACGCUUUGUUCAAAGUGCAAAGGAAAAACCCAGCGGAAUAUUGUCUUCAGAAAGUGGAUCCCAUGUGGGCAGUGCCAGGCGUGCCAGAGGACGGUGGACUGUGGCGCUUGUGCCAGCUGCAGGAGUGCCCAGAGCAACCCCGACAAGCUGGCGCGCUGCCGCAAGCGCAAGUGCCUCUGCCCCAUCCGCAAGACGCCCUUUAGGCAUGAGGCAGCACGGGCAUCACUGACUUUCACGCCUGAGGUGUUUCCAGUGUUCCGUGCAAAGCGGCCGUUACCGGACAGCGAUGACUCGGAUGAGUACACGCCUCAUCAGGACGACGACGACGACGACGAUGAUGGGGACGAGGAUGAGUACGAGAAUGAAGACGGGGAGCUGGUGAAGCGUAAGCGGCGCACCUGUGGCAAGUGUGAGGGCUGUGUGGUGAUGCGGGACUGCGGCACCUGUGACUUCUGCGUGGACAAGCCCAAGUUCGGCGGCAGCAACAAGAAGCGCCAGAAGUGCCGUCUGCGCCAGUGCACUCGACAGGCCAUGAGACACUUGUUGCCCUUGCAGCUGGGGGAGGAGCUCCACAGCAGCAGGGCGGGGCUUAGCAAGAAGAGGCGGGGCCACGGCCCCAGCAGGGAAGCAUGGGAGUUUGAGGUUUCCGACAACGAGAAUGAGGAACGCCGCUCUCGAGCGCCCCGGGAGAAAGUGGUGUACAAGACUUAUUCCAAGCAAAAUCCGGAGCGGGAAGCAGAAGAGAUGAGGAGUCCACUUAAGUCACACAAGCCCAUCCCCAUGAGUACACACCAGACGCCUCUGUCCAGCCUCAGCAGUGGCAGACAGAACUCCAACCAGCUGCCUCAGGUCGCCCGAGCUCCGCACCCUGUGAGUAGGGCAGAUGGCAGAAAGGGGGUGGAGUCGGUGACAGACCUCAGAGAGAGGCGGAGCUGGAGUGCCAGAGACACCGUGCCGUCCAAUCAGGAUGCAGUAGGGCGUGUUGAGGAGACAGUGCUGUCCAAUCAAGAUGCACUGGGUGGGAUGGAGGACGAGGAUGAGGAAGAUGAUGGCAUCCCCAUGAUCACGCAGAUCUUCUCCCUGGCGGAGUCGGGGGUGGCGCUGGAUGGCGCUCUGCUGGCGCUGCUGGAGGCUCUGCGUGGGGUGGCGCUGCCCCAGCUGUGGCUGCCCGUCCUGGCCGCGGGGCCCGUGCUGACGCUACUGCAGUGUUCUAAACGAUCCCCCAUGGCCGACACCGUGGUCCGCAUCGGAACCGGCCUCGGGUUCAGCGUGAGCGUCCAGGAGCAGCCGCUGGUGCCCACGCACCCGCUCUACGCCCAGCACCCCGCGCGCAUGACCACUCCAGGCCAGGUGGUGGCGCUGCUGAGGGACCUGGAGGGCCACGCCGUGUGCCAGGGCAUCCGCUCGCACGCGCCCGCCCCCCCCAACGAGCCGCUCGUCAACGUGCGCCUGGCCACGUGUCACUUCCUGGUCCCGCGCAGCAGGGAACGCUGCAGCAAGUGCCGCUACCCGCCGGAGAAGAGCUAGACACACACACACACACACACACACACACACACACACACACACACACACACACACACACACACACACACACACACACACAGAGUACGCUGCAGCAAGUGCCGCUACCCGCCGGAGAAGAGCUAGAACACACACACACACACACACACACACACACACACACACACACACACACACACACACACACACACACACACACACACACACACACACACACACACAGAGUGCGCUGCAGCAAGUGCCGCUACCCGCCGGAGAAGAGCUAGACACACACACACACACACACACACACACAGAGUACGCUGCAGCAAGUGCCGCUACCCGCCCGAGAAGAGCUAGAACACACACACACACACACACACACACACACACACACAUCAACACACACACACACACACACACACACACACACACACACACACACACACACACACACACACACACACACACACACACACACACACACACACAGAGUACGCUGCAGCAAGUGCCGCUACCCGCCGGAGAAGAGCUAGAACACACACACACACACACACACACACACACACACACACACACACACACACACACACAGAGUACGCUGCAGCAAGUGCCGCUACCCGCCGGAGAAGAGCUAGAACACACACACACACACACACACACACACACACACACAUCAACACACACACACACACACACACACACACACACACACACACACACACACACACACACACACACACACACACACACACACACACACACACA